UUAAUGAAUCUUAACCAAACCAAUCACUGUUUUGGAUUUUCUUGUCCAGGGAGAUCUGUAGCAACUGCAGUGUACGUGUUAUCAUAUGUGUCUGCAGCAGCUGUUGUUCUGCUGACAGUAUGUGGGAACCUGUUCAUCAUCAUCUCUGUGUGUCACUUCACGCAGCUCCACACACCAACUAACAUGCUCAUCCUCUCCCUGGCUGUGUCAGACUGUCUGGUUGGAGUCUGCGUGAUCCCUGGAGCAUUAAUUUGGAUGAUAGAGUCAUGUUGGAUUUUUAAUACAUUUUACUGUGUAUGUUUUAUAGUGAUUGCUUAUUUUCUGACAAGCAUGUCUAUAUUUAAUGUCACUCUCAUUGCUGUUGAUCGGUAUUUUGCUCUCUCUAAGCCUUUUGUGUACACUAGAACAGUCUCUCUCAGGACAAUGUGCUUUGUAGUUUUAUUUAACUGGUUUGUACUGCUGUUUUAUAAUAUAGCACUUCAGUAUUUCAAUGAACACUUUGCAAGUCUGGUAAUGUGCCCCGGAGACUGCUUCUUGGUCUUGGACCAAGUUUGGUCUCUGGUUGAUCUUGUGUUGACUUUUGUCUUUCCACUUUCUGUAAUAAUCAUAUUGUAUGUUCUAGUCUUCUUUAUUGCCAAGAAACAUGCCACUGCUAUUAGAGAGCUUAAUAGUCACACCAGGACUCAGACCUCAAAGAACAUGUCAGACUCAAUGAAAUCUGAGCGAAAAGCAGCAAAAGUUCUUGGCAUUUUAGUGUCUGUGUUUGUGGCCUGUUUACUUCCAUACUUUGUUUACACUGUAUUAGGAAAUGUAACACAAAUUGAAGUAGAACAUUUUCAGAAAGUGUUGAUGUUGGUUUAUCUUAAUUCCUCCAUUAAUCCAGUGAUUUAUGCCUUGUUUUAUCCAUGGUUUAGGAGGUGUGUUAAGCUAAUUUUAACUCUUCAGAUAUUCUACACUGAUUCUGCCUUGAUAAAUGUUCUUUAA